GUGACAGCAAGGUGUCAUCUAUUGGGCGUUAGCAUGUCGAGCACUAGUACGUUUACCUUACGUAAGUAUUAGCUUUGUGAAACAAAAAAAGCAUAACGCAAUGAAUAGCUCUAUACGUAUGUUAGCUUAUGAGUAACUUAUUAAAUCAAAUGUCAAUUUGCGGAAGUCCUAUUACCUAAAUUACUAGAAUAAUGCGUUAAAAAAAGUGCUUAAUAGUCAAUAAUUGCCUGUUAUGAUUAUUUACUUGUGUAUUUUCGCAUGCCAUUAAUUAUCCACUCUUACAGACAUGAAAUACUUAUUGUAUUAUUAUUAUACACUACAGUGCACUUAUAAUAUGUAACGAAUUCACUUAGGGCAACUAAUCAAUUUGCUUUGUUAUUGAUAAUGCUUCACGAGCGUAGCGUAUAGGUACUGCGGACUGUGGUCUACGACCAAAAAGUGUGGCCGAAAAAGAAGUCAAACUAUAUAUAUUAUGUAUUAUGUUAUACAUAUAAAAGUAGCCAACGGACUUAUUUACUGACUUGAUGGUUCGUUGACAUUGUAGCUUUGAUCAAUGUUUUAACAUUGUAAAUUAUCAGAUCGAUUUCGUGGGGGAGUGUCAUACGGAUAUAUUUCCGAAAGUAGUAAAGAUAGAUGAAAGGAUUAAAAGAUGCAGGAACAUGCGUAGCAUUUAUUUACGAGUAAUUACACAAACGGGUCUACCGCGAUAUAAUUUCAUUGUUUUUACCUUUAAUUCCGACGCGAUGCGUAGCAUUGUAGAGUAGGUACAAAAUUUUCAGAAAUCGGUCCGUAUUUUUCUUUGAAAUAUUGAUAAUAGUGGAAAAAACAACAAAAUAUCCUGUUUCCAUGGUCUAUUAUCCAUAGUCUUGGGUCCAGGGUUUAGAGUUCAGGGUCUAGGGUCUCCAAUUUCAAUGGACGAGCAGAGGGCUAAACUAAAUACUUAGUACCUACUACCUACUAUUAUUUUUGAUGUUCAUUUUCAAUAUUAUGUUUUCCGAUUGUUGCGAGAAGUGCGAAAUCGGUAAAAAGAAUACAAAUAUUUUUUUCCAUUGCUUAAUCCUGCCCUUAAACGCAUCCUAACUAUUUUUGUUACACCUUGUAGAUUUCAAGUAUGUUGAGGUAACCGUACUGGUGCUCCACGCGAUCCCAGUACCUACAGGUCAUCCUGAAACUUAAGUCAUUGUCAAUAGAGGUGGCAGCAAGGUGACAUCUAUUGGGCAUUAGCAUGUCGAGUUGUCGAGGACUAGUACGUUUACCUUACUACAGGCUUAAGGCGGUAACGUAGAUAUUUACGUGUAUUCAUACGAAAACGCGCUGACCAUCGGAUUUAAAAAUAUUUUUACGUGAUAUUAAAAAAGAAUAAAACUUCGUAGAAACUCACAGUUGCAAAGUUCAAAGACUGAAGUUGUUAUAAAAGACAAAUUAACGUCAGGAUCACCCACAACACAAAGCAAUGUUAUUACCCAAUAAAGUGACUCUCAUGCAUGGGCAAUCUCAAUGAAUAGCAGCUACUUAUUCGUCAUCUGUUGCGAUAUGCUAUCAUUGUUACUCAGAGGAUCUGUAACACACUUUCACUUUUAACUUUGGAAUCCCCCAAUUUGGCCCAACAGCGAGCCAGUCGACUUUGGGCCACAACAGAUACCACUCCUCUGCAAAAAUGAGACCAGCGACCAUUUUGUUACUUCUGUGCUGUACAAUAGCUACAGCGAGCGCAGAGAUAGAAGAAACUAAAGACUUGGAAUUAGAUAAUCCGGAAGACUUGGAGAGACGACAUCGCAGGCGUAAAAAACCUCAAAAUACCGGACCCUGUGGGAGCGGAUACGGGAGGACUUUUGGCUUUCAAGACUAUACGUAUAUAUCGGCACCAGUCAUGAACUAUUUUUUCGGAUGUGGAGUUGCCCCUGUGCCAGUAGCACCAUUAGCACACUACCCGCAGCUUCCAGCGGCCGCACCGUACCCCGUGCAGAUUGGAGUGAGCCAGUCGCAGCAUCACCAGGGGGGUCACCACGGAGGCCAUCACGGAGGCCAUCACGGAGGCCACCACGGAGGCCACCACGGUCACGGACAUUUUGGAGGGCAAAAUCAAGGAGGACAGUUCAUCGGAAACUAUCCCUCGGGCCACGGCCAAAACCAACCCUUUCACGGUCCAGAAACAUUUCAACAGCCAAACCGACCGUUCCAAAACGUGGUAUCAGCAGCGGCUUCAGGUUUCGGCAAUGUUCUGGCUGACUACAUUAACCGCCCCAGAAAAACUCAAAAGCAAAUUAACAGACAAGUGAAUCAAUUUUUGCGUCCAAUAUAUAAACUGUUUUAAGAAUAUUUAGUUUGUGUGUUAGUGGUAGUUCUAAGGCCAGGUAAAGUGUGUCCAAAACAAUUCAGCAAACUUUAUUUUGAUCGUGUUCAAAUAUCGUUUUGGUUUAACCUACUUACACCCAGUAGUAGAGUACCUACAAGUGCACUCACAGGAAUGAAAAUGAUCCGACCUAAUACCGCUGUGUAAAGGACGCUAAAAUCGACAUAGGUACCUAAUAACAAGGUAAGGUAUAACUUACCUGUAUAAAAUAUCCAUGAAGGAAUUUCUUAUCUUGUUUACCACUUGACUAAGAAACGAUACUACUCGUGUAUCACCUUACUUAUUUUAUUUUUUUCAAGUGUGUAAGCCCCUAUAUAAAACAAGUUUUUUAAUAGUCACACGAGCGAUAUUUCGCGUCAAGGACGUACCUAAAAUAAAUAAAAAAUCAACUACAAUUAAUAGGUAUGUAAAUUGAAAUUCAUUAUUUUUAGAUAAGGUGAAAAAUAACUCGACAACAACCAUCGGCAUGCAGAGACAUUUCCAAACCUUUUUUCACUUCAAUUAAUAAAUAUGAUUAUUAUUUACAAUAUAGAAACGUUUUAUAAAUUCAUACAGUUAACCUAUUAAAAUAAUAUUUACAUACAAUAUUUCCUAAAUAGUUUUGUACAUACGAAAUUGUACAAUACUAAAUUACCUACUUUACAAUUAACUUUAGUACCUACCAUAUUAUAUUCUUUGGUACCUACACAAUGGAUUGUCACAAACAUACUAAAAAUGUCAUAUUACAUAUAACUAAGGGCUCAUUUAAACGGCGCGCGAACUCGCAUGCGAUUUUAGUUACAUUGCGGACUUUUCGUUACGUCCAAUUCAACCGAUCGAUGUAAAUAAACUCUCAUGCCAGCUGACGCAUCGUCUAAAUGAGCCCUUAGAGAUGAUAUCAGCAUACGAUUUAAAGUAAUAAUUUCAAAUCAAUAUAUUCCGUUAAUUCCGUUACACAAUAACAUUUAUCUUUUGUGGCCUUGGUAUAAGCACAUGAAAAUAUAAAUAUAGGUAAAUCAUCCUAAGUCAUUCAUAAUAGUUACUCAGAUAUUCGUAUACUAGAAUAAGUAAGUAUACAAUACAAAUAAAAAACAGGUAAAUAUAAUUAUUCAUAUUAAAUUGUUUUAUAGGUGUAGAAGGCUGCUUAAAAGUAGUUCAUGAAUUACCCUCAGAGAUAAUAUUGUACAGGGACUUUUAAUUAAAUUACCUCAAUUAAGGUAAUUUAAUUAAAAGAUAAGAAAAACAGUGUGUAAGCAAACAAGAACCGAAUAAAGUGUCUCGCGUCCAUUCCACUCAAAAUCCGCUUCAACAAGUUAUUGCUUGAUAUUAUCGAGAUCGGUAGAGCCUUUUUCGAGAACUGAUAUUCAAUUAUAUAUAAGUAUAAAGUAAAAUAAAUAAUAUCAUAUAAUGUUUUAAGUGAACAUAAAUAUUGCUCGUUUAAUAGUAAAUAGGAAUAUGUUAUGUACCUAAAUAUUUAAAUAGUAUUGCGGUAAUAAUGACAAUAGUAAAUCCAUAUUAUGGCACAUACAAAAAUAAAAUCUUAACGUGAUCACAUAUUUGCUUUAAAUAGAUUUAAUUUACUUUUAAGAGAAUUAUUGAAAUAAAUAUUUUAGCACAUUACCUAGCCUUUCUCUGAGUACCUAUAACAAUCUUAUAACCUACCUCUUCGGCUGUUGUUUCAACUCCACGCACUUGAAACAGCAACUGUGUCAACAACUAUUUUACUGUCUGUAGAUGCGGUUUACAAUUGCAAUGCGAAUUAAAAUUAAAAACAAUAUAUAUUAUAAGAAUCAUGUUAUUUAUGUUGUACAGUCGGCAUGACGGCAACAAUAGUAGCGGAUAUGAUUACAUUGAUUACGCAUCCGAAGUAUCUCCAAUUCUCUAAAGACUUCACAAAUAAAAGAUGCGCCAGAAUACAGUCGGAAGACCGGAAGUCUUCAAAAUUAACUACGAGUAUAAUUUUUACCUAUUUCUAAAACUAUUAGAGGUUGACAGAUACUUUUGGUGCGUUGUUCUAUGCGCUACUUUUAAAGCUGACUGUACCUAGAGCAUGCAAAGCGACCAACUUUUAUAAGUUAUAUAUACAAUUGUUCAUGGUCACAAAUAAUAACGAGAAUUCUCCAAAAAAUACUACAAAUACCUUCAUAGAAUGACUUCCUAGUACUUCUAGUGACUGCGUAUACCUACAUAAUAUACGAAAGUAGUUACUAUCUCCUCUUGUCCUUCUCCGCGCCUCAUUUGACUCCUUUUGCGUUGCGAUGUAUCUAGUUGUAAAGAAAGGGUCUAACUCUAAUGAAUUCCAGUAUGUAAUACUGCACCUAUGUAUGUUAACACCAGUUUAACACCUUGUUGAAAAGUACAGUAAAUUACAAACAUUUUACUUAAUAAUACCUAUGCUUAUGUAAGAACUAAGGGACAUAUUUUUGAUUAAGUUCUAUGCACCUAUAUUUUUACACUUGACUGUUGUACCGUAGUUAAGAAUAUAAUUAUCAGAGUUCGGACAAUUUAUAGCAAAAAUAAAUAUGGUAUGGAACAUGAUACUCUCAAUUUUUUUUUACAAUUUGAACUGCAGUUUUUGAAUAUAAUCUGGAAAUUGUAUAAAGAUACUGUGUUACCUAUUAUAUGAAUUUAAUAAAUCUUGUCCUAUUUUGCGAUAUAAAUGAUUUUUGAUGGUUUUGCGAUGAUUUCUCCGAUCACUGAUAUACUGAUAAUUAUUAUUG